AUGCUGGCUUCCACACUGUCAGCAACAGUGACUACCGUUGCAGGAGGCUUUCUACUGUCGAUUCUGGGUUAUGGCAGCAAGGGAGGUGAGACUGACUCGACAUAUGCAACCCGAGAACAGAUGGAAUUGGCGGUCGAAGAAAUCAGACAGGCACUCGGAGAAGAUGCCGUUAGCAUUGAGGACGAAAUUCUACAUUCUCAUGGCUAUUCUGACUGGUCUACCAUUAAUAUUGAUAGAUUACCUGUUGCAGUCACAUUCCCCUCGUCAACAGAAGAGGUCGCAAUUAUUGCCAGAAUCUGUCAUAAACGACGCGUUCCUAUGAUCCCAUACUCGGGUGGCUCAAGUGUUGAAGGCCAUUUCUCAGCUCCAUUCGGUGGUGUGAGCGUUGAUUUUAUGAAUAUGAACCAGAUUCUGCAGGUCCAUGCAGACGACCUCAACGUUGUUGUCCAGCCAUCUGUGCCGUGGAUGGAUCUAAAUGAGAAGAUCAAAGAUACUGGUCUUUUCUUCCCAAUUGAUCCGGGUCCAUCGGCACAAAUUGGUGGUAUGAUCGGUACCAACUGCAGUGGCACCAACGCUGUUAAAUAUGGCACAAUGAAAGAUUGGGUGGUGAACCUCACAGUAGUCCUGAGCGAUGGCACUAUUCUAAAAACUCGCAGAAGACCGCGAAAGUCGUCAGCUGGUUACAAUCUCAAUUCAAUCUUCGUUGGGUCUGAAGGGACCUUGGGGUUCGUAACCGAGUCUACUCUCAAACUCGCCCCGAUCCCAGAAACUACUGGCAUUGCGGUCGUUACCUUUCCUACCGUCAAGGCUGCUGCGAGUAUGGCAAUUGAAGUCAUCCGUCGAGGCGUACCCAUCAGUGCUGUUGAGAUUCUUGAUGAGGUUCUUAUGAGCGUGAUCAACAAAAUGGGUGCCACUUCUAGAAAUUGGAGUGAAGUUCCUACAUUGUUCUUUAAGUUCAGUGGCAGUGAUGCUGUUGUCAAGGACAGUAUCGCUCGUGUGCAAGGUAUAUCGAAGAAUCACCAGGUGAAAAGCUUUCUUUUUGAAAGCGAUCUGGAUAAGCAGAAAGCUUUGUGGUCAGCUCGCAAAGAAGCCCUAUGGAGUAUGAUGGCACUAAGAGAGACAGAUGGACAUGUAUGGUCUACGGAUGUGGCGGUGCCCUUGUCUCGAGUGUCGGAGCUAAUAGACAUAUCCAAGAAAGACCUUGUCGAGCUUGGCCUAUUUGGAAGCAUUUUGGGUCACAUUGGUGAUGGUAAUUUUCACGAGACAAUUCUUUUCGAAGACAAGCAACGCGACGAAGUCGAGAGGUGCGUCGAUAAGAUGGUUUUUCGCGCUCUGGAAAUGGAUGGAACAUGCACAGGCGAGCAUGGUAUCGGUCUAGGGAAGAAAGACUUCCUGAGAGAGGAGGUUGGUGAAGCACCCAUUCAGGUGAUGAGGGCAAUCAAAACGAGUUUAGACCCGCAUUGGUUGAUGAACCCUGGAAAGAUCUUUGAUCGGAAGUGA